UUAGGAUCUGCCUUUCGCUUUCCCGCAAAAACAGAAUACCCCAAUCUAUCUUUCAAUCGCCUCUGUCUCUCUCCACAUUUUUAAUUAAUUAAUUACUAUAAUAAUUAAUUAAAUUUGGCGAUUGCAGAAGAUGACUGCCACCGACGCCAUUUUAGUUCCUUCUUGACCCUCUUCGUCUCAUCUCAGGAUCCAAUCUCAGUGAGCUUAGCAUGUCUGCUUCUCUGCACUUGAAUGUGAAUUAGUGGUUAGUGCUGGAAAGAGCCAUGCUAAUGUAGUUUUUCUGAAAAUCUGAGAAUUCGGCAUUGAGAAGGCUCUUCAAAUUUUACCAAUGGGGGCGGGGUAUUUAGCAAUUUCAGCGGCAUGUACAGCCCUGAGCUUUGUGGGUCUAAAAUGCUGGACAGAGUUGUCACUAGAGAAAUUAAAAUCAGAAGGUUUAAUUUCUGAGAAUUUUAUUAACCCGGAGAAUGCAAAUCGGGCCCUUGAGUUGUUGCUGGGUUCAUAUGCCACCAUUGCAUUGCUGGCAAGUUUUGUGUUUAAUGCAUUCAUUCUACUCAAUCUCUCUCUUAAGACUAUUUUCUUUGCGGAAUUAUACCCUUCUGAAACUCGGAAACUAAUGGAACGUCUGGUUAAUUAUGUUAUAUACAAGGGAACCUUUCUGCCGUUGGUUAUUCCAGCAACAAUAUUUCAAGCAGGCUUGUGGUCCAGCUGGUUGACUGUUCUCUGUUCUUUAAAGAUGUUUCAAGCUUUGGCUAGGGACCGACUUGAACGUUUGAACGCAUCUCCUUCUGCAAUGCCAUGGACUUAUUUUCGUGUGUAUUCAGUACUGUUGUUGGUACUCUCUGUCGACUUCUUCUGGAUAAGGCUGUGUUGGCUGAUAUACAGAACAUUGGAUACAUCCAUGUUUAUGUUACUGUUCUAUGAGCCUUUCAGUAUUGCUUUUGAGACUAUGCAGGCAAUGUUGGUACAUGGAUUUCAGUUGCUUGAUAUUUGGUUUCAUCAUUCUGCUGGGAAUGAUGCAAAUUGCCAAAGGUUCAAAUUUUUUGAUCCAAUAGCAGCAGGGUCAUUGUCUGAGUGGAAAGGCAUUCUUAUCCGGAAUUUAGGGUUUUCCCUUGACAUGGCAACUUUGUUGAUGGCACUUGGUCAUUACAUGCAUAUUUGGUGGCUUCACGGUGUGGCAUUUCAUCUAGUGGAUGCAGUCCUUUUUCUGAAUAUUCGUGCCUUGCUUAGUGCUAUUAUAAAGCGUGUAAGAGGAUUCGUCAAAUUAAGAAUAGCUUUAGGUGCCCUUCAUGCAGCACUUCCUGAUGCAACAUCUGAAGAGUUGAGAGCAUAUGAUGACGAAUGUGCUAUCUGUAGGGAACCUAUGGCUAAGGCUAAGAAGCUACAUUGUAGUCACCUUUUUCAUCUUGCAUGCUUGAGAUCUUGGUUGGACCAGGGUUUAAAUGAGAUGUAUUCUUGUCCCACUUGUCGAAAGCCACUUUUUGUGGGCAGACCUGACAAUGAACCAAGCCGUCGUCGUAGAGAUGUUUCAGCUGAUGAGCAGCUUGCUCGUCAAAUAAGUGAAGGACUUGAUCAGCAAAAUGCUCCUACUCUACCUGCUGGUGUGUUCCCCAAUCAGAUGCGGAAUUCUAUAGAAGGCAGCCCUUGGAGAAGUGCAGGAUUGGAUUCAAGUUGGCUGCAUACUUGGCAAGGCCAAGGUGUAGAUGGAGCUGGUCCUUCUACUGCCAUGAGAUCAGUUGGGUUGGGGAGAGUUCAAAUGAUGAUGAGACAUCUUGCAUCUGUAGGGGAAACUUAUGCUCAGACUGCCCUUGAGGAUUCUGCUUGGAGCCUUUGGCCCAUGAAUCCCCCUCAAGGUGUUGCAUCUGGCUCUCUUGUCCCUCCUGCUACUGGUGGAAGAUCAGCUGGAGGUACUGGAGGUUUACAUAUGAGGAGUCCGUCACGCUCUGCAAAUGACAACGUAGCAAACCUACUUGCCAUGGCUGAAACAGUACGGGAGGUUCUGCCUCACAUUCCAGAUGAGUUGAUACUCCAGGACUUGCAGCGAACAAAUUCCGUCACUGUUACUGUGAACAACCUUCUCCAAAUGUGAAAUGAGUAAUGUUGUCUCAUGGUCUAAUGUGCUCCGAGUGGUCAACCUGUCCUUUUGUAUACAAGUAUCUGUAGGUUUGGGGCUGUGCACAGGUGGGAUGUUUUGACAAGCCCCAACAGUUUUUUCAUUGCAUUUUUUGCCUUUUUUUUUUUUCAAAUAUAUGUACAAGCUUCAUGUAUGUACCAAGUCAGUUUCAUUUAAAAGAGGAGGGAAAAGGCACAAUAUAUCUUUCAGGUCUGGUUUUCCUGCAAAAGAAAAUAAAAAUAAAAAUAAGUAAAUUUGCUGCUCA